AUGGACCUCAUGCUGUGCGAUUUCCUGGACCAGCUAGCAAACAGCCGUCAGAGAACCGGGUUAAUUCACAUCCUCGAGCUAGGCGCUGGCACUGGAGGUACAACCACGAGUGUCCUUGAGACGCUCGUUCAUCGGGGCGUCCCCUUCAAUUAUCAUUUCACGGACAUCUCAAGCUCUUUUGUGAUGGCGGCUCGACGAAAGUUUGCCACAUAUGCGAGCUCUAAUACUUUGGGAUCGACCAGAACAGCCAGGAAAGAACCCACAUACCCCACCAGAAGGGUGACCGUGUUUUCGAUCGAGUCUUGA